AUGGAUGGAAAGUUGCCCACCGCGGGUAAUCGCGUUCAGGUGGCAAUGCGAUGUCAAAGUGGCGCCCUGGUUAAGCGGGUUUAUGCUAAUCGAGAGCCAUUUUGUGCGGUCGCUUUUAAAUUAGCCCCGGGUGGGGGCGAGAGAGGACCUCUUAGUGACAAUGUGCCGGCCAGAAGAGCUUGCAGAGGGGCGGAAUGGGCAGAAGCAGCAGCUGAACUGAAGUGUUUGUGGGGGAAGGAGGUGAGUUUGGAUGGAGCAGCGCUGGAGAUGGCACGGAGUUGCAUUGAAGCACUGAGCUGCACUCUGCUGCUACUGCUGCUGUUGAACAGCGCCGGCUCCCGGAGCUUCACCGUGCACCUCUCGGAGCGGGCACCCCCGGGCACCUUACUGCUCCAUCUCCCCUCGGCCGGGGGCAUCUGCUCGAUCCAGCGGAUCUCCGCGCCUCCCUUCGCCCGCGGCUACCUGGAGGUGGACCGGACCGCGGGAAGCGUGCGACUCUCCCGGCGCCUGCCGUGCCGCCAGCUGCCCGCUAAUCCUUUCCCCGUCCGGCUGAGCGGCCGCUGCUCCCGGCCCGGCGGUCCCCGCACCGGUCCCGGCUGGCUGACCGUCUCCAGCCGCUGGCGCAUCCACCUUCACGGCCAGGGCUGCCGGCGGAAGGCGGCGGGCGGCGACGGCGCAGGAGGCGAGCUGGAGGUGCUGCUUUUGUCUAGCGCCGCCCCGCAGGGCUGCCUCCCCGGCGGGGAGCCGCUGCUGCUGCCCCCUGUCGGGGAGCUGCUCCGGCUGCUGCCGCCCCCCACCCCGGGGGGCUGCCGGCCCUUCUCCUGUCAGCCCGCCGGCGGGCGCUUCGCCCUGAGCCCGGACGGGCGGCUCUUCAACCCGGGGAGGCUGUGCGUGGACCGUGCCGCUGGGGUGCCGGUGCGGCUCCACUGCCGGGGAUGCCCGCCUGGAGGCGAGGGGAGAGCCGGCGGCGUGCUGGAGGACGACCCGGUGGAGGUGAAGCUGGUCUUGAGGACUCUGAGGGAGGAGAGGGCUGGGGGAAGUGUCAAUGCCAGGCGAAAGAGGAAUGUGAACACUGGCCCUCAGUUCCAGCCACCCAUCUACCAGGUAUCAGUGCCAGAGAACAUGCCCGCGGGCACUGCAGUCAUUGUACUGAAGGCGGUCGACCCUGAUGAGGGUGAGGCGGGCAGGCUGGACUAUUCCAUGGAUGCCCUUUUCGACAGCCGGUCCAACAGUUUGUUUAUCAUCGACCCGCUGACUGGCAGAGUGACCACGGCGGAGACCCUGGACCGGGAGACCAAGGACACCCAUGUGUUCCGGGUGACCGCCCUGGACCAUGGGCUCCCCCGCCGCACAGCCAUGGCGACCCUCACCGUCACCGUCAGCGACACCAAUGACCACGACCCGCUGUUCGAGCAGCAGGAGUACAAGGAGAGUGUGAGGGAGAACCUGGAGAUCGGCUACGAGGUGCUCACCGUGAGGGCGACGGAUGGGGACGCCCCCGCCAACGCCAACAUCUUGUACCGGAUUCUCAACAACGAAGGGAAGAACGCGGUGUUCGAGAUUGACCACCGGUCUGGAGUGUUGAGGACCAGAGGGCCAGUGGACAGAGAGAAGGUGGACUCCUAUCAGUUAUUAGUGGAGGCAAAUGAUCAGGGGAGGAACCCUGGCCCACGCAGCUCCACUGCCACGGUGCACAUCACAGUGGAGGAUGACAAUGAUAAUACCCCUCAGUUCAGUGAGAAACGCUAUGUGAUUCAAGUUCUCGAAGAUGUUGCCCCCAACACACAGGUUCUGCAGGUCACAGCCACUGAUAGAGACAAGGGCAACAACGCGUUGGUUCAUUACAGCAUCAUGAGCGGUAAUACCCGUGGGCAAUUCUACAUAGAUGCUCAAAGUGGGAGCAUUGAUGUGGUGAGCCAGCUGGACUAUGAGACGAGCAAAGAAUAUACUCUAAGAAUCAGGGCACAGGAUGGUGGAAGGCCACCAUUGUCGAACAUCACUGGACUCGUGACAGUGCAAGUGGUUGAUGUGAAUGACAAUGCACCCAUAUUUGUCAGCACUCCUUUCCAGUCAACAGUUCUGGAGAAUGUGCCAAUUGGUUACUCAAUUCUUCAUGUGCAGGCAAUCGAUGCAGAUUCGGGGAACAAUUCCCGUUUGGAAUACAGGUUAAUAAACACAUCUCCAGAUUUCCCCUUCUCCAUCAACAACAACACUGGAUGGAUUGUGGUCGGUUCAGAAUUGGAUAGGGAGACAACAGAUUUUUACAACUUUGGGGUUGAAGCGAGGGAUCAGGGGUCACCUCCGAUGUCAUCCUCAGCUAGUGUCAGCAUCACUGUACUGGAUGUGAAUGACAAUAAUCCGGAAUUUGGACAGAAAUUAUAUCAAAUAAGACUGAAUGAAGAUGCAGCAGUAGGCUCCAGUGUGGUUACUGUGUCAGCAAUAGACAGGGAUGUCAACAGUGUUGUUACAUAUCAGAUUUCUAGUGGUAAUACACGAAAUCGCUUUUCAAUAACCAGCCAAAGUGGAGGGGGCCUGAUAACUCUGGCCUUACCACUGGAUUACAAACUGGAGAGGCAAUACAUAUUAACUGUAACAGCCAGUGAUGGGACUCGAUUCGAUACUGUUCAGGUGUUAAUUAAUGUUACAGAUGCAAAUACACAUAGACCAGUAUUUCAGAGUUCCCAUUAUACAGUUAGUAUUAAUGAAGACAAGCCUGUUGGCACAACAGUAGUGAUUAUAAGUGCAACUGAUGAAGAUACUGGUGAAAAUGCCAGAAUUACUUAUUUCAUGGAAGAUAGCAUACCUCAGUUUCAAAUUGAACCUGAUUCAGGUGCAGUUACAACACUAAUGGACCUUGACUAUGAAGACCAAGUAUCGUACACCUUAGCGAUUACAGCAAAAGACAAUGGAAUUCCUCAGAAGUCUGACACCACAUACCUUGAAAUUCUAGUUAAUGAUGUAAAUGACAAUGCACCUCAAUUCCUGAGAGAUCAUUACCAGGGUGCAGUUUAUGAAGAUGUUCCUACCUUUACAAGUGUCCUUCAGAUAUCUGCCACUGACCGUGAUUCAGGAUUGAAUGGAAGGGUAUUUUACACUUUCCAAGGUGGGGAUGAUGGAGACGGGGACUUCAUUAUUGAGACCACCUCUGGAAUUGUUAGAACCUUGCGCAGACUCGAUAGAGAGAAUGUUCAGAUGUACAAUCUAAAGGCUUUUGCAGUGGACAAAGGUUUUCCUGCAAUGAGGACUGCGGUAGAUGUCCAAGUCACAGUGUUGGAUGUAAAUGACAACCCUCCAGUUUUUGAAAAGGAUGAGUUUGAUAUUUUUGUGGAUGAAAACAGUCCAAUUGGAUUAGUGGUGGCCCGUAUUACUGCCACAGACCCAGAUGAAGGUACUAAUGCACAAAUCAUGUAUCAAAUAGUGGAGGGGAAUAUUCCUGAAAUUUUCCAGCUGGAUAUCUUUUCUGGAGAGUUGACUGCCCUGAUGGAUUUGGAUUAUGAAACUAAAUCUGAAUAUGUUAUUGUUGUUCAAGCUACAUCAGCGCCUCUUGUCAGCAGAGCUACAGUGCAUAUCCGUCUAUUGGAUAAAAAUGACAAUAUACCUGUGCUGAAAAAUUUUAAGAUCAUUUUCAACAAUUAUAUCACAAAUAAAUCCAGCAGUUUUCCCACUGGGGUAAUUGGCAAAAUUCCAGCUUAUGACCCAGACAUCUCUGAUACUCUUCAGUACAGCUUUGACCAUGGCAAUGAGCUAAAUCUAAUCAUUCUCAAUCAGACCACAGGGGAGUUAAGUUUGAGUCAUGCUCUGGACAACAACAGGCCUCUUGAAGCAACCAUGAGAGUUUCUGUGUCAGAUGGCAUUCACAGCAUUACAGCCCAAUGUACACUGCAGGUCACGAUUGUCACUGAUGAAAUGUUAAGCAACAGCAUCACCUUACGUCUGGAGAACAUGUCCCAAGAGAAGUUUCUCUCUCCACUCCUAUCUUUAUUUGUUGAGGGAGUAGCCACUGUAUUGUCUGCUCUGAAAGAAAACGUUGUGAUAUUCAACAUACAGAAUGAUACAGAUGUCAGGGCAACUAUUCUUAAUGUCAGUCUGUCUGUCUUGUUACCCGAUGGAGCUCAUAAUCAAUUUUUCUCAUCGGAGGACCUGCAGGAACAGAUUUAUCUCAACCGUACCCUGCUGACAGCUAUUUCCAAACAAAGAGUGCUCCCAUUUGAUGACAAUAUUUGCCUCCGUGAGCCUUGUGAGAAUUACAUGAAGUGCGUGUCUGUGUUAAAGUUCGAUAGUUCCGCCCCGUUCAUCACUUCAGAUACAAUCUUGUUUCGUCCCAUCCAUCCAAUAAAUGGCUUGAGGUGUAGGUGUCCUUCAGGAUUUACUGGAGACUACUGUGAAACAGAAAUUGAUCUCUGUUACUCAAACCCAUGUGGAAACAAUGGGAUUUGUCGGAGCAGAGAAGGAGGAUAUACCUGUGAGUGCUACGAAGACUACACAGGUAAUUACUGUGAAGUGAGUUCCCGUUCGGGCCGCUGUUCUCCUGGAGUUUGUCGGAAUGGUGGGACGUGUGUAAACUUGCUGGUUGGAGGUUUUAAGUGCGACUGCCUGCCAGGGGAAUACGAGAAGCCAUAUUGUGAAAUGACCACUCGGAGCUUUCCUCCACAGUCAUUCAUCACCUUCAAAGGGUUGCGGCAACGUUUUCACUUCAGCAUCUCACUCACAUUUGCUACCAAGGAGAAGAACGGGUUGCUCUUGUAUAAUGGACGUUUUAAUGAAAAGCAUGACUUUAUUGCCCUGGAGAUUAUUAAUGAACAGAUCCAGUUAACAUUCUCUGCAGGUGAGUCAACAACUAUGGUUACCCCAUUCAUCCCAGGAGGCGUGAGUGAUGGCCAGUGGCACACGGUCCAGCUUCAGUAUUACAACAAGCCAGUUAUAGGGAAAUCAGGCAUUCCUCAAGGACCUUCUGAGCAAAAGGUUGCCGUGGUUACUGUUGACGACUGUGACACUUCCGUUGCAUUGCGCUUUGGCAGUUUCAUUGGGAAUUAUUCCUGUUCAGCUCAAGGAACACAAUCUGGAUCAAAAAAGUCCCUGGAUUUGACAGGUCCUUUGCUUCUUGGUGGAGUUCCAAACUUGCCUGAGGACUUUCCUCUUCAGAAUCAUGAAUUUAUGGGAUGCAUGAAAAACCUGUUUAUAGAUAACCAGCAAAUUGAUAUGGCUGAUUUCAUAGCAAAUAAUGGCACAGUAUCAGGGUGCUCUGCAAAGUGGAAUUUCUGUGAUUCAAGCACAUGCAAGAAUGGAGGAACAUGUGUUAACAGAUGGGAGACCUUCAGUUGUGAGUGUCCCCUGGGCUUUGGAGGCAAGAACUGUGAACAAGUAAUGGCCAGUCCACAACGGUUUCUAGGGAGCAGCCUUGUUUCCUGGAGUAAUCUUGUCAACACAAUCACUUCACCCUGGUGCAUUGGUUUGAUGUUCCGGACACGACAAGCAACUGGCAUCUUUAUUCGAAUAGAAGCUGGUCAGUUCUCAACAGUUAGUAUUCAGCUCAGUGAGGGAAAUGUGAUGUUAAGUGUGUAUCGCUCAAGCAGUCGGAUCACAGCACUGACAAUGGACCAAAUAAAAGUGAAUGAUGGUGAUUGGCAUCACUUGCAGCUAGAACUUAAUAGUUCCAAAGAUGAGUUGAAAACCAAAUACACAGCUCUCAUGUCUAUAGACUAUGGACAUCACCAGACAAUGGUCGAAAUUGGUAGCGAGCUGCAUGGAUUGAAUCUGAAAACAGUCAGUGUCGGUGGAGUCUCAGGAAAUGAUGGCAGUGUUCUUCAUGGGUUCCGGGGAUGUAUACAGGGGAUUCGUAUUGGUGAGACACCAUCCACAGCAGUGGCAUUGAAUAUAAACCAUGCUGAAAAGGUGAAUGUGGAGAGAGGCUGCAGCAUUCCUGAUCCCUGUGAUUCCAGCCCAUGUCCUACAAACAGCUACUGCAGUGAUGACUGGGAUAGCUACUCCUGCAGCUGUGACCCAGGUUACUAUGGUGAGGAUUGUAAGGAUGUUUGCACACUAAAUCCUUGUGAACAUCUGUCUGUGUGUACCCGUAAACCCAGUUCUUCUCAUGGUUACACUUGCGAUUGCUCAGUGAAUUAUUUUGGACAAUACUGUGAGACCAAGAUUGAUCAGCCUUGCCCUAAAGGAUGGUGGGGAAAUCCUAUGUGUGGACCCUGUAACUGUGAUACAAGAAUUGGAUUUGAUGUAGACUGUAACAAGACCUCUGGAGAAUGCAGGUGCAAGGAAAACCACUACAGACCUCCAGAAAGCAAUGCCUGCUACCCUUGUGACUGUUACUCAACUGGUUCACUUGCUCGCUCCUGUGAUAUGGAGACAGGACAGUGUCAGUGUAAACCUGGUGUGAUUGGAAGGCAGUGCAACCGCUGUGACAAUCCGUUUGCAGAAGUCUUCACCCAAGGGUGUGAAGUGAUUUAUGACAGUUGUCCACGAGCUAUGGAGGCAGAGAUCUGGUGGCCCAGAACUAAGUUUGGACUCCCCGCUGCAGUACCUUGUCCCAGAGGAUCAAUGGGAACAGGAAUUCGACAUUGCGACGAACACAGGGGCUGGCUCCCUCCUGAUCUCUUUAAUUGUACCACCAAUGUUUUUGUAGAGCUGAAAACCUUUGCUGAUAAAUUGAAACGGAAUGAGACUUUGCUGGACAUGGAAAAAUCCAAGAAAAUUGCCCUCAUGUUGCGGAAUGCCACCCAGCACACAGAUGAAUAUUUCGGUAGUGAUGUCAAGAUCGCGUACCAUGUGACCUCAAAAAUCUUAGAAUUUGAGAACACACAGCGAGGAUUUGACUUGACUGCAACCCAGGAAGUCCAGUUCACAGAGAACCUUAUUAAAGUUGGAAGUGCAAUUCUUGAUGUCAGUAACAAGAAGCACUGGGACAUAAUCCAGCAAUCAGAUGGAGGAACUGCACACUUGCUAAAGCACUAUGAAGAUUAUGCAAAUGCUCUGGCACAAAACAUGAGAAAAACCUACCUCACCCCCUUCACCAUUGUCACACCCAAUAUUGUGAUUUCAGUAGAUCGUCUUCACAAAAUGAACUUUUCUGGAGUGAAACUUCCACGGUAUGACUUCAUCCGAGGAGAGAAGCCUAAAGACUUGGAGACCAUUGCAAUCCUUCCAGAGACCAUUUUUACACCUGCAGAAACUAAAGAAAAUCCCAAAGUCCCAACCUCCUCAUCUGAAGACGAAAGCACAGCUCUGAACAGAAAACGGAGACAGUCUGAUUUAAAUGAGCAGGAUGCCAUCGCUAGUAUAAUAAUCUAUUGGACACUGGGACAGCUUUUACCAGAACGUUAUGAUCCUGACAAAAGAAGUCUAAGGGUACCUAAGCGACCUGUCAUUAACAGCCCCAUAGUGAGUAUUGCCGUCCAUGACAACGAUGAAUUACUACAGCACCAACUGGAAAAGCCCAUCAGAGUGCAGUAUAGGCUUUUUGAAACUGAAGAACGAUCCAAGCCAAUUUGUGUCUUCUGGAACCAUUCCAUCCCUGUUGGUGGAACCGGAGGCUGGUCAUCAAAAGGAUGUGAAUUAGUCUUCAGGAACGCAACCCAUAUCAGCUGUCAGUGUAAUCAUAUGACAAGCUUCGCUGUUCUGAUGGACAUUUCUAGACGAGAGAAUGGUGAAAUUCUGCCUCUGAAGCUGGUCACAUACUCCACUGUGGCUGUCUCACUCAGUGCUUUGCUGCUGUCCUUCUUGAUUCUCCUGUUUCUAAGGACCCUUCGUUCAAACCAGCACAGCAUCAGUAAAAACAUGGUCAUGUCUCUCUUCUUGUCUGAACUCAUCUUUGUCCUUGGAAUUAAUCAAGCAGAUAAUCCAUUUGUUUGCACUGUGAUUGCCAUCCUCCUCCAUUUCUUCUACAUGUGCACCUUUGCCUGGAUGUUCUUGGAAGGGCUUCAUAUUUACCGCAUGUUAACAGAAGUUCGUGAUAUCAACUAUGGCCCCAUGAGGUUCUACUAUAUGGUUGGCUGGGGUGUCCCUGCCUUCAUCACAGGGUUGGCUGUUGGCCUUGAUCCUGAAGGUUAUGGUAAUCCUGAUUUCUGCUGGUUGUCCAUCUAUGACACUUUGAUAUGGAGCUUUGUCGGUCCCAUAACUGCAGCGGUUUCUAUGAAUGUCUUUCUUUAUAUUCUGUCUGCCAAAACUUCCUGCAGACCAGGACACCAAGGUUUUGAGAAGAAAGGAAGUGUGUCUGGAUUGCGUACAGCAUUUGUGGUGCUGCUGCUUGUCAGUACAACCUGGUUCUUGGCCUUACUGGCUGUGAACAGUGACACCAUUGUUUUCCACUAUCUCUUUGCUGGUUUUAAUUGUCUCCAGGGUCCAUUUAUUUUCAUCCGUUGCAUCCUCAACAAUGAAGUGAGAAAAGCUUUUAAAUAUGCCUUCAGUAAGAAGCACACAGAUGAUACUGUUGGCACAACAAAAUCAACAUUGGCAUCACAGUCAUUGUGUAACAACACGUAUAUUGAUGGUCGUGCAUGUCAUUCAGCCUUUGGUGAUUCAGCUGCAUCAGUAAGCAGUACUUCAAGGUCAGGGAAAAGCCAUAACAGCUACAUUGCAUUCGUCCUCAGGGAAGAAGCUGCUUUGAAUAAUAGUACCUCAAGUCAAGCCCAUGUUGCUCUCACUGACCAUGCCACUUCCUUAUUCCAUGAGAUUAAGACAAACCCAGAUGAACACGAUUCAGACUCUGACAGUGAUCUGUCACUGGAAGAUGACCAAAGUGGAUCUUAUGCCUCCACACAUUCUUCAGAUAGUGAAGAUGAUGAUUAUCAAGGAGACCCAGGUUGGGAAAAAAUUAUAUCCCCAAAUAAUGAAAAACAUCAUCAUCACAGUACUCCAAAAGUGGACAACAUUUCUGCUCAUGUGAAACCUUAUUGGCCAGGAGAAUUUAUGACAACAGCAAGUGAAAGUGAAGGUCAUGGCGGGUCAGAGAAUUUGAAAGUCGAAACUGUGGCAAACAUUGAGCUUCACCGAGAAAAGCUUAACUAUUUGGAUGAGAAGCCAAAGGAAAAUGGAGACAGCUUGUACAAAGAAAAUGCAUUAUCAUUGCCUAACCCUAACGCACAACCUCAGAAAGGAAUUUUGAAAAAUAAAGCAUUACCAUUAUUCUCAGAGAAAAACAGCAUCAAUCGAAUUCAUAAUGAACUUUCCAACCAUAAACCUGCCACUGUCUGCUCACGAGCAUCUUCAGUGGGAUCCAGUGAAGGAAGUCGAUCAGGAGGUGUAACAAAACUGAGACAAACAACAGGGGAAAUGAAUGGAGUGAUGCCCAUACCUAUGAGCAUUAAAACAGGCACAGUGGAUGAAGAUUCAUCAGGGUCUGAUAGCAGUGAUGAGACCUCGAUAUGACUUGUCAGCAUAGGAUGAAGAGGAUGGCUAAAAAGCUGUGGCGAUGUCACUUUGCUUACUUCCGAUAGCACUGGUGACCUGUGCCUUGUCCCAAAGCGCAAUGCUCGCACAUAAGCAGACUUGUCUAAUAUGGAAAGGAAAGGAACUGCUGUCAUCAGGAGAGGGUGUCUGGAAGAAGUGAUCACUUAUUGUCAGUGCCAAAUCUUGCUGAAAUGCUGUUCUGAACAAAGUGGGUGCCUGGAAACCACAGUACACAAUGAUCAAAAUGCACCCAGACCUACUUCGGAACAGUGAGGACAGCGCAUGGAGCAACCAAAAUUCAAAGAAACCAAUUAAAGUUUCAGAAUUUUGAGUUCUCAAACAAUGUGCAGAAAAAUGAAAGACUUAAAGCUUCAGGGAAUUUAUUGUAACUACUGUUUAUAUGAUAACUGUUCAUGAUUAUAGCCCCGUAUUGAAAACUCCCCUAGACAACCUCAAUCAAAGGCUUUUUUUGACUUCAACUGUCCAAAUUAUAGGAUGUAAGAGACACACAUUACAGGAAUAAUAUAAAUUGCCUUACAAUAAGGUCACGUAACUUGUAAUUAUGGCUAUCUUAAAUUUAAACCUACAGUUUUUUUUUAAUAUGCAAAAGCAUUUAAUUCUGUUAAAAUGAAGAGAAUGUUUUGCUGCACUGAAAACUUGGUAUUUUUGUUUUCUCAAUCACAUAUUCAAUACAGUCGGAAUGGAUUGAGUAUUUUCUACUAAAAACCAUUGGUACUAUUUGGGAAUUGUAUAAAGUCAAAAUGGCGUACAUGGCCUGUCUUAUUUGGUAAUGAUGAAUCUUUAUUUAUAAUCCAAUUACCAGUUUUGAUUUUGUGUUUGUCUUUGGGAAACUACAUUGUCAAAGGUUGCACAUAUGGCAGUCCCCUUUGAAUAGCUCUCAUAGAGAGUUGUAUGCUAUAACUGGGCAAAUACAAGCCGAUUAAUUGUAACUACAUUCACCACAUGUGAAAACAAAUGCCUUUAGCCAAAUGGCCUUCAUGCUCCAGCUGUCGUGGAGUUGUUCUCAGACCAAUGCCUACUUUGAACUUUUUUUUACAAGACAGUUGUUUGUAGAUAUUUUGAUAUAAUUUUUAAGUUGUCUUGAGAGAAAAUGUGUGUUGUACAUGCUUUUCUGUUUUAAGUUGGUUAACAUAGUUCUAAGGGAAAAGUGAGUAGGAACUGCAGGAUGUUUUAUUUAAAAAAAUGCUGCUCAUUUUUUUCUGUUAAUAUGGUGUCUGUUAAUAUUGUAUAGAUUCAAUGUUUGACUGAAAGUAAAGGCUUCCACUAUUUUAUCUGAAAAAAAAAGAUUUUUCCAUUGUUGUCACCACAAAAGACCAGAAUACUGAAUGCUUUUAACAGUGAAUUGUACAGUGAGUUCCUUAAUGUACAUACUGGCAGUUUUUAAAUAAAUGUAGUUGAAACAGAUAUAGUAACCUGAA